CGUUCGUCAGUUGGUGAACGUCCGCAGUGCAGUUCAUACCGUGUGAGGUCACCCCGCGCUUUUCCAACGUUCACGCCAAUUAAAAUAAAUAAAUAACAACAGAAUAUACUAAAUAUAGUGUAGUUAUUUAGUAAAAUCUAGUGGUUAACAUGAUUGUGAUAAAUUAAGUAGGAUUUAUUUAAUUGUUUUGUUCAAAAUUAAAUUAAAUUUAUAUUCAAAAUGACUGCCGGAUCGGAAGAACAUGAACCACUGAUUUCUUCUUCUGUGGAUAAUCAACGGGUUACAUAUAAUAAUUCGCCCCAGGAUGGUAACACACCAAGUGGUUCACCAAGAACAAGUGGCGGUGAGGUGACGUUGGCAAUACCUCAGACUCGCAACUAUGGCGCCAUUGGCGGCACGGAGAAGGUCACAUACACAUGGGCAGAUGUCAACGCCUUCGCUACCGAGUCCAGGUCUAGAGACAGAAGAUUCUGGAACUUCUGGAAGCCGUCCUCUGAUAGAAUGUUCCAGCAGCGAAAACAAUUAUUAAGAAGUGUGAAUGGCGCGGCGUACCCUGGAGAGUUGCUGGCCAUCAUGGGGUCAUCGGGCGCUGGCAAGACUACACUCCUCAACACCUUAACCUUUAGGACGCCCAGCGGGGUGGUAUCCAGCGGCACAAGGGCCCUCAACGGCCAGCCUGCUACUCCUGAGGCAUUGACCGCGCUGUCAGCGUACGUGCAACAGCAGGAUCUGUUUAUUGGAACACUAACAGUGCGAGAACAUCUUAUCUUCCAGGCUUUGGUGCGUAUGGACCGGCACAUACCGUACGCACAGAGGAUGCGAAGGGUCCAAGAGGUUAUUCAAGAGUUGGCGCUAUCAAAGUGCCAGAAUACCGUGAUUGGCAUUCCUGGCCGUCUGAAGGGCAUAUCAGGUGGGGAGAUGAAGCGGCUCUCGUUCGCCAGCGAGGUGCUCACCGACCCCCCGCUCAUGUUCUGCGACGAACCAACAUCGGGACUGGAUUCUUUUAUGGCUCAAAAUGUUAUACAGGUAUUAAGCGGUCUAGCAAAAAAAGGUAAGACGGUCGUAUGUACGAUACAUCAGCCAUCUUCCGAGCUGUACGCAAUGUUUGACAAGUUGCUGAUCAUGGCCGACGGCCGAGUCGCCUUCUUGGGCUCACCUGAUCAGGCUACGGAGUUCUUUAAAGACUUAGGCGCCGCAUGUCCCGCAAAUUACAACCCCGCAGACCAUUACAUCCAACUACUAGCUGGAAUACCAGGACGAGAGGAGACGACGAAACACACCAUCGACACUGUUUGCACGUCUUUUGCCAAGUCGGAAAUCGGCUGCAAAAUUGCAUAUGAAGCCGAAAAUGCCAUGUUUCAUGAGCGUAAGAUCUCCGGCGGCUGGGCAGACGCGCCUUGGUCGAGCGUGGCGGCGCUCCGAGCUCGCCGUUCGCCUUACAAGGCGAGCUGGUGCGCGCAGUUCCGCGCCGUGCUCUGGCGUUCCUGGCUCUCCGUCACCAAAGAGCCAAUGCUCAUCAAAGUCCGCUUCCUACAGACUAUCAUGGUAUCAAUUCUCAUUGGGGUGAUAUACUUCGGGCAGCAUUUGGAUCAGGACGGUGUCAUGAACAUCAACGGGGCAAUCUUCAUGUUCCUCACCAACAUGACAUUCCAGAACAUCUUCGCAGUCAUUAAUGUAUUCUGUUCGGAGCUACCGAUCUUCAUCCGCGAGCACCACUCGGGCAUGUACCGCGCGGACGUGUACUUCCUCUCCAAGACGCUGGCGGAGGCGCCCGUCUUCGCCACCAUACCGCUCGUCUUCACCACCAUCGCCUACUACAUGAUCGGCCUCAACCCCGCUCCUGAGAGGUUCUUCAUCGCUUCAGGAUUGGCCGCUUUGAUCACCAAUGUCGCUACAUCAUUCGGUUACCUGAUCUCGUGCGCUAGUAGCAGUGUGAGCAUGGCGGCGUCGGUGGGGCCGCCCAUCAUUAUACCGUUCAUGCUCUUCGGUGGCUUCUUCCUCAAUUCAGGUUCGGUCCCGCCGUACCUGGGCUGGAUCUCGUACCUAUCUUGGUUCCGGUACGGCAACGAGGCGUUGCUCGUCAACCAGUGGUCCGGCAUCGAGUCCAUCGAUUGCACGCGCGAGAACUUCACCUGUCCCGCAUCCGGACAAGUCGUGCUGCAAACGCUCAGCUUUUCUGAGAAAGACUUCACGAUGGAUGUGGUCAACAUGGUGCUGUUAUUCAUCGGGUUUAGACUACUCGCCUACAUCGCUCUGCUAUUCCGCACGCGACGCGGAAAGUAACUCCAAAAUAUAUACCCUAACCAUCUGUUUCCAUUGGCGAAACAUAUUGCCAUCCCGUAUAUGGGAUAAUAUGUUUUUGUAUGGGUUUUUUAGCAGUGAAAAUUCACAGAAAAGUAUACAUAUACUAAUAUUCUUAUAUUGUUCAUAGCUUAGUAUGUUACUGUUCUCUUUAUAAGUAUUUCAAGAUUACAUUAUUGUUUUCGAUUUUAUACAGAUAUGUUUUAUAAAAUACUUAAUUUUUUUUAUUAAUGUACGUUCUAAUAUUGUGCCUUAUAAUAAUGAUUAGCAAAUAUUAGCGUGCUUUUUUUUGCUAUAUUAAAAAGAAUAAUUUUAAACGUGAAUAAUAAUAUUGCACUACAAAUAAAACAAACUAUACAACAGAAUACAAAGAAUGUUAUAAAAUAUUUGUACCGCGCCUUAUCUUUGAUAUCAUAUACACAAUUGAUACACAGAGGGAUCUCUAUUACUCGAAUUUUGUUAACAUUAACUGAAAACUUUGAACGGUAUCUCGAAUUAUUAUUUGUAACUUGAAGAAAAUAAUAUUUAUUACAUAUGUAAGUCUAAGUUAUGUCUUCACUUCACACUUCACUAGAAAUUCACCGUCAAAUAUCGUGAAAUUCUUGUUAAGGCGAAGACUCAAUAAGACGAAGUUUUUUAUCACCGUUGACAUUCGAGAUAUCGAGAUUCUACUGUAUUUGCUUAUUGGACGAAUAUUUUAUAAAUUUCCUUUUUGAUCCAUUUAUGUAAAGACGUUUUAUAAAAAUAGAGAUUUAACUUUAUUGAUAAAAAUAUUUGCAUUACCAGCGGGAAUAUUUAACCUUUGUGU